CCGACCCUCGCGCCCGAUGAGUCUCCUCCGACUCCAAGCUUUCCCCCGGAGCUGAGCGACCCCCGCCGAGGGAGCAGAGAGUCGGGUUACGUCUCCCGGAGAGCCGCUGGUGGAGGACCGGCGGGACCGCGCCAUGAUCAACACCAUGGAAUGCGCAGUGGACGCGCAGAGCCUCAUCUCCAUUUCCCUGAUGAAGAUCCACAACUCCAGGACGCAGCGCGGCGGCAUCAAGCUGCACCAGAACCUGCUGCUGUCCUACGUGCUGAGGAACGCGCGGCAGGUCUACGUCAAGGAGAAGUACGCGGAGAUCUACAGGAUGCAGCAGUACGAGGAGGUGAUGGCGGUCUGCAACGAGAUCCAGGAGCUCGACCCGCUGGACGUGGACGCGGAGGACGCGGAGGACGAGGAGCAGGCGCGGCGCGCGGCGCGCUGCGGCGACGAGGCGAGUCCGUGCCACCGGGGCGGCGGCGCGCCGACGCACGGCCGGGCGGCGGCCGCUCUGUUCGGCUGCUCCUCGGCCCCGGAGGACGGCAGCCGGGAGCCGGACCCCUACUACUACUACUACUACUACCGGAGCUGCUGCAUGGAGGCGCCCCCCGCGUCCCACUGCGAGCAGCUCCCCGCGAGCACCGGCACCGGCACGCAGCACUGCAACAAGACCACGGUGCUGGAUCUGGACACGCAUGUGGUGACCACAGUGGAGAACGGGUACCUGCACCAGGACUGCUGCCGCUGCGGCUACGACGCGCUCCAGCGCGGCCAGGGCGCGCAGUCCGCGGCCAGGAAACGGAAGGUGGAGUUCAGCUGCUGCGCGUCGGAGGAGGAGGUGGAGGAGCUGCAGGACUGUAAGCGGGCGAAGCGGGAGGAGAGCAGCUGCUCCUUCCCCGGCCUGGACUACACGGACACGUCCAACAUCUCCAACCUCAUCUCCAUCUUCGGCUCGGGCUUCUCGGGGCUGCUGAGCCGGCACGCGGACCUGGAGCAGGUCUGCAGCCAGCAGGUCCUGGCCAGCCUGGGCGCGUGGACCCGGGCCAUCGUGGCGUUCUGAGGACCGGAAACGACCUUUUCCUGAGUGUCGGAGGCACACCGGGGUCCGUCGGGUUCCUCUGUGAGGCUCCACCAGGAGGCUCGUGCACGGGCUGGUGGUCUCACCGUCUGCAGCGCGUGCUCGUGUCGGCUGGGCAACUUCAGCAAAUGUUGUAAAUGACCUCGCAGACGGGCUGUGACCUCCACCUCCAGAUGGGGAUGCUCCUCCACCUCCUGAUGGGGAUGCUCCUCCACCUCCUGAUGGGGAUGCUCCUCCACCUCCAGAUGGGGAUGCUCCUCCACCUCCUGAUGGGGAUGCUCCUCCACCUCCUGGUGGGGAUGCUCCUCCACCUCCAGGUGGGGAUGCUCCUCCACCUCCUGAUGGGGAUGCUCCUCCACCUCCAGGUGGGGAUGCUCCUCCACCUCCUGAUGGGGAUGCUCCUCCACCUUCUGGUGGGGCUGCUCCUCCACCUCCUGAUGGGGCUGCUCCUCCACCUCCUGGUGGGGAUGCUCCUCCACCUCCUGAUGGGGAUGCUCCUCCACCUCCUGAUGGGGCUGCUCCUCCACCUCCUGGUGGGGAUGCUCUCUGAGCAGCUUUUAUCAAUGAAAUGUGCCACAGUGAAGGUGACGCAGGUGAAGCUGUGCACGCAGUCCGUCCAUGAGGUCAUACAGGAGACCCCAAUGUCGAUUAUUAAUAAACUUAUAGCACUCAAAAGUGUUCAAACAUCACAGUUAUCCAAACUGUAACUCUAACGGACCCGGAUGUUGUGACCUUUGUGUUUCACAUGCUUCUAACAACAACAAGACAGAAAGAGUCGAGACGUAUACCUCAUAGAAUAUAAUAAUAUGUCACUGUGGGUUUCAUUGGUGUGACGUCACACGCACACUUGUACCUGAUUGGAGGAUAUGGAGGCGGCUGAGCCCGGAUCCCGGGGACCAGCUCUAAAGGUCGACAACUUUAUUUUUGCAGGUAGAAAAAAAAAUAUUAAAAGAAAAAUUGAGAAUUUGAGAGAAUAAGAGAUGCAUGUGUGCAGAGGACCCUUCAGGUGACCCUUCAGGUGACCCCUCAGGUGACCCCUGUGACUGAUGGGAUGGACUUCCGGUGCCUUACAGGAAAUGCACAGCACUGCUGGAAUAUUGUUAUGACCAUAAAAUGAUGGAGGAGGAACUGUUGGUGACUCCAUCACCUAGAGGCUCUCCACCACAUCAUCUGAAGAUACUCACCCUCUUCAUCACGACCCUCCUCUUCAUCAUUUUUUAAACUUUAUUAUUAUUAAUCUCAGUCCUUUUGUUUUAAAAAGGCACAAAGCUCCCGAACCCUCCAUGCAUCAGCUUUAUUAUGAGCACGUGUACCAAAAUAAAUGAGAGUAUUCAGCCAUUCUCGAUAUAUUUUGUUUGUUAUUCUUGUAUUUUUGUUGUUGUCCUUACUAAAAAAAUUGUAUAUCGCCGGGUAAAAACUGUUGCAGAAAAUAUUUGUACAAAAAUGUCUAAAUAAAAAUUCAAAUGUCUAAAUAAAAAUUUAAAAAAUGUCUAAAUUAAAAAUUAAAAAAUGUCUUCUGA